AUGUCCUCAAUAGCUGCCCUGGGAGCUGCUGUCUCCAAGUCAGCUGCCCAUGAAGCAGCAGAGGCUCUCUCCACAUCUGCGGUGGGAAUGAAGACAGCCGAUGCCCCUCCCCCUGCCAGCUUUGGUCUACUGGCUCGUGUUGUUCUCUCCGUCUUCAGCGUACUGCCCACCGUCCUGUACUGGGUGACAUAUACCUUGCCUACAUGGCUGUUCACGCUCUUUUCCAUGAGCUUGACCUUCACCAUGAACUUUACAACCUUGAUGCUCGUCGUCGUCUUCGCUGUGUCCACGGUCAGCUACUUUGUCAGGUACCGGUACAUGACCAUGUACGCGAGACUGCCGCCUGAACCACAACGUGAGGAACCACAGGUCGAGGUUUUCCCUGACAGUGCCGAAAGCGACUCCAAACGGGGCUUGUCCAACUACCUUGAUGAAUUCCUAAGCGCUAUCAAGGUCUUUGGCUACCUGGAGCGCCCGGUAUUUCACGAACUUACGCGCACCAUGCAGACUCGCCGCUUGGUGGCCGGGGAGACUAUUCUCUUGGAGGAGGAGAAGGGUUUCUGUCUUGUGGUGGAUGGCUUGGUCCAGAUUUUUGUCAAGUCAAAUCGCGCAGAAUCGGAUUCGGAUGAGGAGGAGCAGGGAGUGUCUGCUCAGCAAGGCCCCCGCCAAGGCUAUCAGCUUCUGACAGAAGUGAAAAACGGAGCACCAAUGUCUUCCUUGUUCUCGAUACUCUCUUUGUUUACAGAAGAUGUAAAGCUGCGUCACGACGAAGAGGAUCAAGCAGGUCUGAGCGUACCAGUAUCGCCACAUGCACAAGGCAGACCGUCCAUAUCGCGAGCAAGCAGUUUUGCCAUGGACAACUCGAGACCCCAUACUCCUCGGGAGAGUUCAGAAUCCAAGUUGCAUCUCCGAAGAACAUCAACGAUGAACAGUCCAACAGCAGGCGGACGGCUCGAAAGCGUACCGCCUCUGUCGUUGGACAUGGAUGGGUUCGGGGACGAACGUCUCAAACAUACCAAAACCCGAAGGUCACCCCAGCACUCUACAAAGGCCAAGUCUGCCCACCCAGACAUUGUUGCACGCGCCACUGUAGACACAACCAUUGCCAUCAUACCCGCUACUGCAUUUCGUCGAUUGACGCGCAUAUACCCAAAAGCGACGGCGCACAUUGUACAGGUCAUCCUUACGCGCCUGCAAAGAGUCACCCUCGCAACCAGUCACGAAUAUUUGAGCCUAACGAAUGAGGUUCUUCGGACGGAAAAGCUGAUGAACAAGUACACAAUGUACGAUCUACCGGGGUUCCUGCGGGAUGCUCCGCUCGAACGACUCAAGGAAAAGUUUGCCCAAGAGACGGAGCGUAUUGGCCCGGAUGAAGGCAUGAAAGGCAUCGCGCUGCACAACCCUGGAGCCGGCCGUCGACGAAGAUCGAGUGUGUCGCUGAGAAGAGGGACAGCUGCACAAGCGCGACUCGCUGCUGCGCGCGGGGCUCAACUCGAUGCUGGUAUUGACAUACGGCCCAAGAUUGCCUCACCAGACCAGGGACCGCGCAACGAUCGUAUAAGCGCAGGCGAUCUCUUGACCAAUUCACAAAUGGCCCGGACAGUGGGUCGCAGUGGCCGCAACAGCUUCUCCCAGCCAUUUCAACAGGAUCGCCGCGAUAUUCGCACGCCGCUGGACGCUGGCUCCUUCAAUCCCUUUGCUUCUCCCUCCCUGCGCCCUAAGACGCUUCACCGUCAAGAGUCGAUUGACGAGGCCACUGUUUUCAGAGAGUCUAUACUUGGGUGUAUGUUCAAAGCCAUUGGGCUCACCAACCCGGAAAACCCGAUGCCCAAGCCGACGGCGUCAGUGGAGCAGUCACCUCAGCUUGUUUCGUUUGACGCUACCAGGCAAAAGGCCGUCUUCACAAAUGCAUUUGGCUUCAUCGAUCCUUACGCCGCCUCUCGCGAUGGAGAUACCGAGUCUGUUGCAUCUGCGUCAGGCAUGUCCGGCAUGAGCGGUGCAGGGUCGCACAACAUCCUUGAAGAAAUUGUAAACGACGUAGAGAUUGUCUUCUUCCCGAAGAAUUCGGUUCUUGUGGAACAGGGCGAACGAAACCCGGGCCUGUAUUACGUGAUUGACGGAUUUCUUGACGUGAGCGUAGCAGUGGAAGAAGAGGCGCGUGAAACCAACCCGCUCGGAUCUGUUCUGAAUGGCCCUGUGUCUACCGAGGAAGAACUCUUUGGCCCUCCGCUCCGACCGGUGGGCCCGACUACUCCUUCGUGGCCUGCGACUGACAGCGCGAAAAAGAAGCGUACAAGACGAAGCUUAUUCAUGACGAAGCCUGGCGGCCUUGCAGGUUACCUUGGCGCAAUAUCAUCGAACCGGUCUUUCGUGGACGUUACCGCUAAAACCGACGUUUAUGUGGGCUUCCUGCCCCGUUCGGCCAUUGAACGGAUAGUGGAGCGCUACCCAGUGGUGCUACUUACCAUGGCUAAGCGCCUGACAACACUUUUGCCGCGGCUGGUUCAGCAUAUUGACUUUGCACUUGAAUGGGUUCAAGUGAAUGCUGGGCAAGUCAUCUACAAUCAAGGCGAUGAGAGUGAUGCCAUCUACAUUGUUUUGAAUGGACGAUUACGAGCCAUCCGCGACGCUGAGACCAGUGGCGUUAAGGUCAUUGGCGAAUAUGGCCAAGGCGACAGUGUCGGCGAGCUCGAGGUGCUCACCGAGUCCUCUCGUCCGGGGUCGUUGCACGCCAUUCGGGAUACGGAACUUGCAAAGUUUCCAAAAACGCUCUUCAAUAGUCUCGCUCUGGAGCACCCUGGUAUCACGAUCAAGAUUUCGAAAAUCAUCGCGUCUCGGAUGCGCGCCUUGGUCGACGAUCCACUGUAUGAGCAAGGCAAAGAUCGGAGCGCCAAAGCCACGCGGGCGAAUGUAUCUUCAACAAUCAAUCUUCGCACGGUUGCCGUUCUUCCGGUAUCAGCAGGGAUUCCAGUGGUUGACUUUGGGAGCCGUCUUUUGAAUGCACUCACGCAAAUUGGCAUGCCCCAGGGUGUCGUCUCUCUCAACCAAGCCGCCAUUCUGAAUCAUCUCGGCCGACAUGCCUUUAGCCGAAUGGGCAAGCUCAAGCUUUCACAGUAUCUGGCUGACCUGGAGGAGAAGUAUGGAAUGGUCAUCUAUGUCGCCGAUACACCAGUCAAGUCGCCGUGGACACAAACAUGUAUCAACCAGGCUGACUGCAUUCUUCUUGUGGGAUUGGCCGAAUCAUCGCCAAACAUUGGUGAGUAUGAGCGCUUCCUACUGACGACGAAGACGACUGCACGAAAAGAGUUGGUGCUUCUGCAUUCGGAAAGAUACUGUGCGUCUGGUCUGACGCGGAAGUGGUUAAGAAACCGACCUUGGAUCAAUGGCAGUCACCACCACAUUCAGAUGUCGUUCCGCGCGACGUCAGAGCCAGUUCAUCAUGCCGGGCGACGGUUCGGAAACGCACUCAAGCAGCGAGUGCAAGUCAUCCAGGCUGAGAUCCAAAAGUACACGUCGAGAAAGGUUCGCCAAACGCCGCUCUACUCUGCCGACACACCAUUCAAAGGCGACUUUCAUCGGCUUGCUCGCCGCCUGUGUGGUAGGUCGGUCGGGCUUGUAUUAGGCGGUGGGGGUGCUCGUGGUAUAGCGCAUGUUGGCAUUAUCCGAGCUCUCGAAGAGGCAGGGAUUCCGAUUGACAUUGUAGGGGGCACAUCGAUUGGGAGUUUUAUUGGCGCGCUGUACGCUUGGGAUGCAGAUGUGGUUCCCAUGUUUGGCAGGGCUAAAAAGUUCUCUGGUCGCAUGGCCAGCAUGUGGAGAUUUGCACUUGAUCUCACAUACCCGUCUGUUUCAUACACAACGGGCCACGAAUUCAACCGCGGCAUCUUCAAGACAUUCGGCAACUCUCAAAUCGAGGACUUUUGGCUCGAGUUUUACUGCAACACGACCAACAUUAGCCAGUCGAGAUCGGAGGUCCACACGUCUGGCUACGUCUGGCGGUAUGUUCGUGCGUCCAUGUCGCUUGCCGGAUUACUGCCGCCGCUAUGCGACAACGGCAGCAUGCUUCUGGACGGAGGCUAUGUUGACAACUUGACCGUGGCACACAUGAAGGGUCUUGGCGCCGACAUCAUCUUUGCAGUGGACGUGGGCAGCCUGGACGACAAUGCACCGCAAGCGUUUGGCGACUCGCUGAGCGGCUUCUGGGCAACGCUGAACCGGUGGAACCCAUUCUCGAGCUUUCCCAACCCGCCGACGCUGUCAGAAAUCCAGUCUCGGCUGGCAUACGUGUCUAGUAUCGACGCGCUGGAGCGAGCAAAGAAUACCCCGGGGUGCAGAUACAUGCGGCCGCCAAUCGACGCUUACGGCACGCUUGACUUUGGGAAAUUUGACGAGAUCUACGAAGUCGGGUACAAGUACGGUACGAUAACAUGA